AUUUGUUGCCCUGACAUCCAGUAGUCCAGGUGAGCCUUUUUCCCUUGUGGAUAUGUUACCGCCCCGUGACCACGGAUGUCCUUCCGGAUUACGAUUCGUGAUCCCGCCUCGAGAGGUGUUCACACUUUUGAGCUCAGUCGAGCUUUACUUGAGGAGUUCGAACGCAGGAAUGCAAUAAUUUCCGAAUUUCGAACGCAGAAGGUGGUGGAGGUCGCUAUCUGGUGAAAACUCGCAGAAGGCCACAGCGUUGUGGCAAUGGCUCAUUGUUUAUCUACUUGCUUGAAUUGUAGAACUCGAACAGGAGAUGCUUUGCUCGUCGUCAAAGGUCAGUGCCUUGUGGCGCUAGAAGUUGGCACCAAAGUCGUUGCCACUGGAGAGAGUUUCAGGUCGUUGGCAAGAACGAAUUUUACCUCUGGCCCCAGAAGAACACCCAUUCUCCGUUGUCGCCACGCGCAACAUCUUCAAGAUUUCGUCUUAAAAUCAAGUGCUGUAGGUGGCAAUUACACCUCGUCACAGCAGCGUCCUCUGAAGGAGCAAAGAGUUAACUUCAAACACAAAUCAACGCUUUCAAAAGCGUCUGCAGUUGCGUCUUCUUCAAAACAUUCGACCAUAACGUCUGAAGAGGAAGUUCUUGAAAAACUCUCUCAGAUCAUUGAUCCUGACUUCGGAACGGAUAUUGUGUCGUGUGGAUUUGUUAAGAACUUAGAGAUUGAUGAAUCCACUGGCAAGGUUUCAUUCGUGCUGGAACUUACAACACCGGCUUGUCCUGUUAAAGACAUGUUUCUGCAAGAAUCGAAGGACAAGGUGGGGGGUUUGCCAUGGGUAAAAGAUGUGGUGGUCGCCUUAUCUUCACAACCAGCUAAACCAAUACUUGUUGAGAACGUUCCGAAGGGGCUGCAACGCGUUUCAAACGUUGUAGCAGUUUCAAGUUGUAAGGGUGGAGUUGGUAAAUCAACAUGCGCAGUCAAUUUGGCAUAUUCUCUAGCAGGAAUGGGUGCGAGAGUCGGCAUUUUCGAUGCGGAUGUGUACGGUCCUAGCCUUCCAACUAUGGUGUCCCCAGAAACUCGAGUCCUGCAAAUGGACGCUGAGACGAGAGCUAUAAUACCGACAGAAUACAUGGGAGUGAAACUAGUCUCGUUUGGAUUCGCAGGCCAGGGUAGUGCCAUUAUGCGAGGGCCUAUGGUGUCUGGUGUCAUCAAUCAGUUAUUGACUACAACAGAUUGGGGUGAGUUGGACUACCUUAUCAUAGACAUGCCUCCUGGGACUGGUGACAUUCAAUUGACUCUGUGCCAGGUGGUGCCACUCACAGCAGCUGUUAUCGUAACAACACCACAGAAGCUGGCAUUUAUUGACGUGGCCAAGGGCAUUCGCAUGUUUUCAAAGCUGAAAGUCCCAUGUAUAGCUGUAGUGGAGAACAUGUGCUAUUUCGAUGCCGAUGGAAAGAGAUACUAUCCGUUCGGCAAAGGCUCUGGUGCCGAGGUUGUUCAACAAUUUGGAAUCCCUCAUCUUUAUGAACUUCCUAUACGACCAGAACUAUCAGCGGCCGGAGAUACUGGAAGCCCUGAAGUAGUAGUAGAUCCUCAAGGUGAAGUCGCCAAGAUAUUCUCCAACAUCGGAGUCUGCGUCGUUCAGCAGUGUGCAAAGCUUCGUCAACAAGUUGCUACAGCGGUGUCUUAUGACUCUACACUGAAAGCAAUACGAGUCAGAGUACCUGGGACAGAUGAUGAUUUCUACCUCCACCCUGCCACCGUUCGGAGAAACGAUCGUUCCGCACAAAGCAUUGACGAAUGGACUGGAGAGCAGCGGUUAAGAUAUAACGACAUUUCAGAAGAUAUAGAACCUGAAAGUAUUCAACCUAUGGGAAAUUAUGCCGUAGCCAUCAAUUGGCCCGAUGGAUUCAGUCAGAUAGCUCCGUACGAUCAGUUGCAGUCUUUGGAACGGCUGGUUGAUGUUGCCGAAGAGGAAGGCUUAUCGUCAGAUUCUACCGGGGAAAGAAGUGAUGCAAGUCAAGGAGUGGCUGAUCAAAAUCAAGACGAGAUUUCAAAAUCUAAUAAUGUGGACAAAAUCCUGCAACAUACAAGAGCUUUGCAAGAAGCGAGACCCAACAAUUCAUAGUCAAUACUCUUAUGUACAUUAAAUUGUAGACAGGCUGAUAACAUUCUACAUCGCGGGCUUUACAAUUUCUUAUACAACUGCGGUCAUUAGUGGAACCAAAUUUAUCCAAGGCUUUUUGUAGGAAUUUGCUUAGAUUAAAGUUCUAUCCCUUACAUCUGAUCUUCAAUCUCUCUGGUGCUUUCCAUCAUAGAAUCACGUGGUGUUAUUCACAUAAUACGAAGUAUUUUUCUCAUUGUUCAUCAUAGAUUCAUUUCAAUGGCGAAGUAUAAUAAAUGGUUCGAUAUGUGAAGGGUGAUGGCUGUAACCGACAAAUAUAUAGUUGGGACACACGUGCCUACGCUGUAACACCUUUCUUGAAGUCGAUAUAGAAUCUCAAGCAGUAGCUCGUACAGAUCCUGAGUACAACACAUGUAUCUUUUACUAUUCUAAGCUUGCACGCAGAAGAUCGUAUCCCC